GCCAAAGUGGGAACAUGGCAGAUGAGGAGGAUUCGGCGCCGGAGCCCGCUGCGGUCUCUCCCCCGGAGAGCCCUCAAACCGAGCGGCCGCACACCGUUUCAUUCCCCGAGAGCGUCCAACCGGCCGUCGAGAUGAUGAGCCAACUGCUAACCCAUCCGUCAUCCCUCAAGUUUGACAAAAACAUCAAACAGGCCUUCUACAACACUGGAGCGAUUAUCUUCGUGGCUAUCUGCUGCGGGGCAGCCGUCCUGGUUUACUUCAUCCUGGAGGCCUUCCUCCGCCCUCUGCUCUGGGCAGUGCUCUGCGGCACCUUCCUCCACCCUUUUAAAUACUCCCUGGCCCGUCUCGGCCGCUCAUGGCUCAGCGGACUACAGGAGACCGGGACGCCCAUCGUGGUAGGGACCCUGCUGGUCCCAGUGUGGUGUGUCAACUACGGGGUAGAGGCGAUGGGCAGGCUGGUACUGGAGAGGCUCACGGUGCUUCUGGUGAUCGGGGCCGGGGCGCCGCUGGUUUACUUCCUCUACCUUUUCUGGAGUGUCAUCGGCAUGCAGGUGAUUCUCGGGCACGUCUGUUGGGUCAUCGAACUCCUGCUGGACUGCUUCCACGUUGCGUGGGUGUGUACUGCUGUGUUUGGCUACUUGCUGGCAGUUUGUCUCAAGUGGAGUCCUCAAACUGAGCGGUACCUGAGGGUUUUAGCCCUUCCUGUCUGGGCUGUCCUGCUCUUCUACAUGGUGUCCCUGACUGGCUCAUGGAGAGUACCUAUAUUUGUGGUGGUGGUAACACUCCUCAUCGUGGGCUCCCAAGAGAAACCACCUGUCCCUGGCAGAGGAGAGCUGCCAGGGCAAAUGCUGUCAUUUGCUGCAAACACAAUUUACAUGGCAAUUUCUUGUAGCAACCUUCAGCCAAAAACGGAGUCCAGAGAGAGCUACACUGCAGAUGGCGUGCAGGCAGCAGGUCCUCUUCCUGUCACCCCUGGGUUCCUUCGUGGCUCUCGCUCCUUACCAACAGGCCUCUUUCAGACAGAGAAGAGCUCCCGCAGAGCCAGUGAUAUCUACUUUAUUCUGCUGGUCUGGGCAAUUGUGCUGGUACAGGUGUGGCUUAACCUCUGGAUCCUACAACUGCUGCCUAUCCCUGUGGCUGUGUGGGUGCUGAAGAAGCUGGUCGUCCACUUUGGCCUGAAGAGCUUUGCAGAGCGCACUCUGAGCUCGUGGUGGACGGUGCUGGAGAGGUUCGGACGUGAGCGUGAGGAGGCUUUUCUUCCUGGACCAAUCAAAGGCCUGGCUCAGUUCUUGCUGCGUGUCGACACUAAGCUCUGGCAUUGGCUUAACAAGCAGAUGGUCAUUUGGUUGGAGCGAUCGCUGGAUAAAAUCAUCAGCAUCUUCAUCAUAUUCCUCUUGGUCACAGGGACCCUGCUUAUGGCUCUGCUGCUCACUGCAAUGGUUCAUCAUGAAAGUGUUCACAUCAUUGAAGUAACCAGCAACCUCAUCAAUGAGACUGUGUCCAACCAUCCAGAAUGGGCCAAUUUGCUUCCAGAAGCGCGUGUUGUUCAGAAAGCUCUGAAUUCAGCUGCUACCAAUGUUUACCAGCAUGGGAGAGAAUGGAUAACGCAGAAGCUCCAUAAAAUUUUAGGAGAUAAGGUGAACCAGACGGCGGUGAUCGAGAAGCAGGUUUUGGAGCUUUGGGACAGACUGUACCAUUCCUGGUUCGUGAAGAAUGUGACCCACUCUGGCCGCCACCGUGGGCACAAGAUGAUGGCUCAAAGGCAGAACAGCUGGCUAGGAGACAUCCUGGACUGGAAGGACAUUGCCUCCUUUCUACAGGAAAAUAUCGAGACUCUGCUCUCUAUCCUGGAGUCUCUGUGGGUGGUGAUGAGCAGGAACGUUGGCCUUCUCUUCUCCACCACCACCACUCUCCUCACUGUCUUAUUCCACAGCGGCACAGCGCUACUAAACUUUGCACUGAGUCUGGUGAUUUUCCUCACCACUCUCUUCUACCUGCUGAGCUCCAGCGGUGAAUACUACAAACCUGUCAAAUGGGUGAUCAGCCUGACGCCUCUCUCCCAGCCUGGACCUUCCUCCAACAUCAUAGGCCAGUCUGUUGAAGAGGCCAUCAGAGGAGUGUUUGACGCCUCUCUGAAAAUGGCGGGCUUCUACGGCCUCUACACUUGGCUCACCCACACCAUCUUUGGCAUUAAUAUAGUCUUCAUUCCUUCUGCUCUGGCCGCCAUCCUGGGUGCUGUGCCGUUCCUGGGAACCUACUGGGCAGCAGUGCCAGCUGUGUGUGACUUGUGGUUGGCGCAGGGUGAAGGUGCCAAGGCUCUGCUGCUGCUUAUCUGCCAUCUGCUGCCAACAUAUUUUGUGGAUACAGCCAUCUACUCUGAUAUAUCAGGGGGUGGACACCCAUACCUGACAGGCCUGGCAGUAGCAGGUGGAGCAUACUACCUGGGUCUGGAAGGGGCAAUUAUUGGGCCCAUUCUUCUCUGCAUCCUGGUGGUGGCUGCAAAUAUCUACAGUGCCAUGCUGAUGAGCCCUAGCUCAGCUGCACCUACACCAGUGCAUCUGAACUGGCCUGUCCAUGACAUGAGGACCUUCCCAGAAUCCACUCCUUCUAUUCGGAAGAAGACCAGUGAGUGACAAAAGGGGGCGUGUCCUUCUGGAACAUUCUCUGGCUUCCUACUGGCUGAUAAUUCAGGGAAACGCUCCCUUUCCUGAAGCCCCUCCGAACUGCGCCUGGCUCUGCAGGGUCAACCUGGACCAAGAAGCAAAGGCAACGUAGCAACUUGUGAUGUCUGCUAACCAGAGCGAGCAGUUUGUCUGAGCAGUACUGCACCAGCUCCUUUCAUUCAAAAAGCAUACAUCCUGAUCCCAAACCUGGACCAAUGACAACAUGUUGGGUGUAUGAUAACGUACAGUAGAGACAUUGAUGCGGAUACACAUCAUCUCUAUGAAGUCAGUGCCUACAUUUAUUUUGUAAUUUUGACAAAUGCCUGAAGUAUGUGGUUACUUGUUAGAUGAUAUAAUUUAUUGACAAAGCCCUUAAUGUAAUGCCUGCACUCCCUGGCUGUGUCUGUGCUACAGUGCUGUUUGCGGUUGAAUAGUUUUUGUACUCCCUACCUCUCUCCUCAAGGAGGCUCGACUAGUUUGUAGUGACAGCUUGUUUAGUUUUUUUGAAGAUGAACUGAAGUCUUCUUCCUACAGAGGCCAGAUCAGGUAUAAGAGAAGGAGUUUGACUGUUUUUAUUCCAAAUAUAACUUGUUUCUUAUAUUUCAGUGACAGUAGCUGUGACUAAUCGACACUAGAUCUUUGCUUUAACACUCCUGCUCUCCUGAACCAGGCUUUAUUACCAUAGUUUAUUUUUUUUAACACUGAUGUUUGACUCCAGGUAAAAGUUACUCCUGAGAUUUUAUGGAACACAGGCUCACACUGACGGCAACUGCUUUAGUGGCUCAGAAUUGACGCGCUGCAAUCAGGCAGUUUGAUCUGAGAAAUCUGUUUUUACAUUUCUUAUUUAUUUAAAACUUAAGAUAAGUUUAUUUAAACACAUACAGACACACACACAAACACACAGAUCCAUCAGGACCGAAGCACAUUUACACCCCGAGCACCUUCGGAAAAAGUUGAACUUGUGAGCACUUUUAUUUUUGGGUAAGGAUGCGAUAAUCAUGCCUGUCACAUGAUUUCAUCAGCAGUUUAGAGAUGUAAUUCUAUUUUCUACACACCUCAUCCAUUAUUGCAUCUUAAAUUGUAACACGACAGCACUUUCCUGAAAAGAGAGUAUAGAAUAGUUAACAUCACUUUCAGCGUUGAUGAAAAAUCAGUGUGGAUGGGUUGAGUAUGUAUAGAAAUUAUAAACGUUGAUCACACGGCUACCAUGUUAGCUAUCUGAGGAGGAUGGCGUGUUGGGUUGGGUUUGAACACACGAGUGCAAAGUUGAAUUUUUCUGUAGUUUCCUUUGGUACAAGUUUUUUUAUACUGAAUAUGUACUGAAUAAACAUAAUUUAAACUGG